UGGUACGUAACGAGUGGCGGAUAGGUUUCGAAUGUGUACGAAGGAAGGAGGAGCAACGAUUCCACGGCUACAGCUCACACUGUCAGUCAAUAUAAAAGCGGCACGAAACAAGUGUCCAUCUUAAUCCCGACGAUCGAACGAUUUUUAUUCGCCGCUCCUCCUCCACACCGAGACUCUGAUUAAUGUUUUACUCUCGGCGACUAUGACGCGCGUCCACCGCGACCGUUCGCUCAGACUUUGGUCGCGUACGUUUCGCGACGAGCGGUUCCUCGAAUAUCUGCCGAGUGUAAACGGAAAUUCCACUGAACGAGGAUUAACGAUAAGAAGGAAGAGCGUGGAAGCGGAAGGAAAUGAACGCGAUACUGGCAGUGAUAAGUUACGCGGUCUUGACGACAGCCGCGUACGACAUCAGCGAGCAAUGCAAAAUUCAUGAGAAAACUAUCGUCAAGUGCCGAUGCAUCGGAAACGAGGAGUUUUUCUUGCCGGAAGGGUACAACUACGAAAACGUGACCAGCCUGAGGAUCGCUUCUUGUACUAUCGCGAAUCUACACUUCUCAAGCUUGACGGAGGCGAAUCGGAUCACGGAGAUCGUUGUACAAAACAUCAGCGAGAGGCUGAUAUUCGAGCUGUUCCUCACCUCGAAGAAAAUGAAGCGAUUAAAGUUAUCCAGGAUUCGGCGGAUACCUUUGAUCACUCACGACACAUUCGUCAGUUUGAACAGCAUCGAGACGUUCCGCAUCGAGGACGCGAGGAUCGACAGGUUCGAGGAACGAUUCACCGAUCUGAAGAUCGGCAAUUUUUCCAUGAUCAACGUCACGAUCGAACGCAUCGACCAGCUGAAUUUCUCGCAACGAAGCGACACUCUGCGCAUAAUAGACAGCGAAUUUCGAAACGUCACGGAUUCUUUGAAUUUCGCUUACUUCUCGAGCGUCGAGAUCGUUCGAUCGACGUUUCGGCUGGGAAAACCUGGUUACGUGUUGAUCGAAGGCGAUCUAGUUUUCCUGGAAAAUUGCGUGUUCUCGAACGCGAGCGCAAACCUGGUCGCGAGCAAUAGCAUCGAGAUAAACGGUACCUGCGCAGACGGGAAGAGCUCGAUGAGGCUCUCGUCGAGUAAAAUUGAGAGCGCGAACAAUCGUCUGCCCACGGAGAUCGUUUAUACUAGGAAUAAAGGAAACUCGGAUGCUUUUCAUAAUCGCAAUAACACGGUGUGCAUCGCCGGAAACUGCAAAUGUCCAAAAAGCAGCGGUCAAAGUGCGCGACGACCGACUACCUUCUCGACCUUCGCUUCUCGUUUCCUUUCGUCGAUCGUUCUUCUCCUUUCGAUGCGUAUUUUUUUUUAAAUAUUUCGAAGAGAACGAUAUACCUUUCCCUUUCACUCACAGUAUCCCCUUUUUCCUUUUUCGAUUCGAUUUUAUAUAAAAUUGAAUGAACACUCUACGUUGUUUCUCGUCCUCCUUGAACGAGAUCUCUUUCGCGACUAAACCGUCUGUUUUUCUAGCAUCGUUCAUUUUUAUAUAUAAUAAAGACUCUUUACAAUUCUA